GAUAGUCGUACCAAAUUAAAAAUCAACAAGAUGGCUUCUUCAAAUGGCAAGAAAUUCGAGCUAGGUAGUACUUCAGAGAAUCAGUGGGAAUGUGAUAUCGUAUCAACCGCACAUCCCAAGGUUCAGUCCCGUGUUGAGAAAUGGCUUAGCCAAGUCGAGGACCAACAACUGCAAAAGAUCGAGAAUCCUCGGAUCCCCGUCGAAAUUAUCUUCCAAAUUAUCGAACUGCUCCUUAAAGAUAAAGACGAAUGCACAGCAGUCUGCGUAGCUAUUACAGGUCGCGCUUACUAUAAAUUCUUCCGCUCAGUUUACCCCAAACCAGUGCUACUCGUUUCAAGACCACCGUGCUCUUACAACCCAACAGAGUUUCCACCUAGUCUCGCGAAGCUCCUAAACGAUUGGUUUGCUCCAGAAUACCGAUUCUCAAAGCUACUCUAUCAAUACCUUCUUUGCUCUGUCUAUGGAUAUGAAACCGACAGUCCAAAGGAGUGGGAUUUGAUCAGGCGAACUAGAGACUAUUAUAGCAUUAGAUCAACACAAGGACGCACAGUCGGAGAACUUAUUUUGCCCAAUCCAUUUGGAAUGGGAACUGAUUGGUAUCUUGCAGCAGUUCGCCAAUUUCUCAAACAUGUUGAAGAAGCUGCUCCAGACGUAUCCACAGUCGGUAGUAAUCUCAUGCAAUAUGUACCAGUCUCGAUACCCGGAUUCUCGGUAAUUGGACUAACAGUGAGUACAUUCACAUCGACGGGACUUCCAGUUCGUUUAGUCAACAUGCCCUCAUCGUCGGAUAUUAGACCUUGGCUACAUGGAAUACCAUACCCUGCAGUAACUUCGACUGGAUACAUAAUGCCUGGACAAACGAUGCUCGGUCAAACACUCGACCAAGAUCAACUUCGAGAGAACUUGAGGAUGACCAAUCUUGCGGUCAAAAACCAAUACGCGAGAACCACACAAAUGCAAAAAAGUUCCCUCUGGAAUUUGAUGGAAAAAUACAUUCAAAAGCGGAUUCCAGAUCGCGAUUCAAGUGGUAAUGUACUCAAGAAAACUCGGCGUAUGUGUUUUUGGGAGGCAAUCGUUCACGCUUCAAAACAAGAUUGGGAACAAUAUUUCCUUCUUGUUGAUGAUGGGCUUGAGGUUUUGAAGGGCAAUUUAUAAGCUGGGUUGUGGAUCAGAGGGUGGAAGCUUACGUUAUAUGGUUGAGAUUCAUGGGAGGAAGCUUUUCUACGAUCUUUCACAUGGCUAUAUACCAUUCUCUGGACUUUGUUCUCGAAGGCUAAUUCUACCAGGGAGAUUGAAAUGGCUUCGGCA